GAAAACCCCUUCGAAGAGUGAAGCGUUCACUCUUUAUAGGUACCUGUUGGGGGAUGUUGAGCCUAAAGUUCAGCUGUAUAAGGGGUUAUCAUACACCUGAGGCCAGCCGAACACCAUACAUCAUCUCCGACCAGCCUUAGAGUAUUCGAGAAGAGGAUGCGGUUGCUUCUGAGAACGAACGGGUAAAUGACAGAGUUGGGCAUCGUCAAACCCCUGAAAAUGCCAAGCCGGGACUCAGGGUUUUUUUCACAGCCUGGGGAACGCUUGGCAUUGCAACGUGUGAAACCCUCCUCAAGGCGGCCAAUCAAACGUCGGCUCCAGAAAUGAGAAAAGAGAAAAGAGAGAAAAGAGAGAAAAGAGGGAAGAGAAAAGAGAGAAGAGAGAACUCUAGGGCUACAAGCUAUAAGCGAAAAGUCCCCAUUUGAUCCUGCUCGGGAUGCAUACCUUACCCACCUUAGUUGGUUCCGCCGAUAUCUUGUUUUCUCUUUCUACUCUUGUGGAGUUCUCUCCUUUUUAGCAGGUGCCAUUUCUGGCCAGACCCGGUCGUUAUUAUGGGCAUUUUUCAGAGCAAAGUGGUCCGCCAUGGGAAGUCAUAUAUCAUCGUGGGAGCAGGUGCCUUUGGAGCAUCAACAGCACUGCACCUCAUUCGAAAGUAUCCCUCGGCCAAAAUCUACCUUGUAGAUCGAAAACCUUACCCUCCCGAACGGGCCGCAUCUUGGGACUGGAACAAAGUGAUCCGCGCAGACUACACUACACGCGUGUAUAUGAACCUUGCAUUGGAGGCCUUGGAGAAGUGGACAGAAGACAAACUAUAUCGGGAAUUCUAUCACCAAAGUGGGCUUGCCUGGGUCGCCGAUUCCGAGUUUUACCAGUCCAUUAUCAACAAUUACCGUCAUUUUCCUGGUUCGAAACAUCAGAUACAACUCCUGAGCACCCAGGAUGUCCGCAAUCUCUGGGGAGGGAUUCACGCCGAUGCUGUGUACCAGGAUGUCAAGGAAGUCUUUUACAACAAGACAGGGGGGUGGGCUGAGGCUGCGAAUGCACUUCGGAAGGUUAUCGACACAGCCAUUCGUGAAGGUGUCAAAUACGUCGAGGCUGAUGUCAAAAAAGUUCUUUUCGACAAGGACGGGUCUGCAUUUGGCGUGAUCACCGAAGAAGGGACACCCAUACAUGCAUCACACACUGUUCUAGCCACCGGCGCCAUGACCGCAAACAUUCUCGCCGAUAGCGCACCAACGGAGCCAAAACUUCAACUAGGAAGCCGGAUGACAGCAGCUGCGAUCUGUUCCGCAAUGGUAAAGCUGGACGAAAGAGAAGCCAGUCUCUUCAAGACAGGUCCGGUGUUCGCAAAUGAUCUGGACACUGUCAUAGGAGGUAGUUUGCCACCGAACUCCGACAAUCAGCUUAAGGUGUACAGGGAUGAAAGCUUCAGGAAUACAGUUCUCCAUGAGGCAUCUGGGCAAGAGAUAUCAGUGCCGCCAAGCAAGCCUAGCUACGACCAAUGGGAUUUGUCACCAGGGAUGAAGAAAGAGGUCAGGUCAAGCUUUGAGGGCAUCUUUGGGGAAAAGGCUAAGGACUGGGAGCUUUUCAAUUAUCGAAUCUGCUGGGAUGCCGUCACACCGACCCAAGACCCAAUCAUCUGUGAGCACCCUCAUGCAAAGCAGCUGUUUCUGGUAACAGGUGGUUCAUUUCACGGUUACAAGUUUCUCCCGAUUAUCGGAAAAUACGUUGUCGAGAUGCUUGACGGAACCCUCGAACCUGAACUAACCAAAAUUUGGGCUUGGGACAAGGAGAACAAUGGGGAGGCCCAUGAAGGCAUGUUUCCAACGCGAGAGAUGGCAGAUGUUUGA